GGUGGGUGAUCAGACAGUCCUGUCUAUCCUGAGAGGAGAACAUUCAGCUCAAAUCCCAGCCCCACUAUGCACAGAUCAGAGCCAUUUCUGAAAAUGUCGCUGCUGAUUCUGCUUUUCCUGGGAUUGGCAGAAGCCUGUACUCCUCGUGAAGUCAACUUGCUGAAAGGGAUCGUAGGUCUGAUGAGCAGGCUGUCACCGGACGAGAUCCUAGGCUUGCUGAGCCUCCAAGUACUGCAUGAAGAAACAAGUGACUGCAAGGAUGAAGUUAAACCCUUCUCAGGCACCACCCCAUCCAGGAAACCACUGCCCAAGAGGAAGAACACGUGGAACUUCCUGAAAUGCGCCUACAUGGUGAUAACCUACCUCUUCGUAUCCUACAACAAAGGGGACUGGUGUUACUGCCACUACUGUAACUCGGAACUGGACAUCAGGGAUGAUCCCUGCUGUUCUUUCUAGUGAGCCUGCUCCAUCUCAGCUCAGCCUUCACAAGGCCUCCAUCUCCCAGGCAUUCUCACCUCUGAAGAAAGCUCUCUGUCCCCUGGACUGCCUGUGUGGAGGGUAAUGAACUGGGUCCUUUAAGGAAUGGCACCUGGGUGCCCAGAGGCAUGGCCAGAAGGGGUCUGUGGGGGCCAUGCCUUGGAAGGAUGCACCCAGAGCGGCUGAGAGGGCAACUGCAGGGGUUUCCCCUAAAAUCUCUCCUCCAGAUCGUUCUCAGACUAUCUCCACUACUUCCAUAAUAAAAUGUAUACUUGUUGAAAUGGCUGAAAAGUUUGGGUUAUUCCAUUCCCCCACACUGAGAACUAACAGGUAUGCUAGUGGUUUACCAAGAGUCAUAAACCCUAUCAGUUAACUGUGCACUUUACAGGUGAAGAAACUACAGCUCAGCGGGACUGAUGGCUCUCCCAACAUCACACUGAGCUACAGAGCUGAGAGUUGACCCAGUUUGACUCAUUCCAAAGUCCGUAUUCUUUUAUGUAAAGAUUUGGGGCUCCCCGCUCCGUCCCGAGGAAAUACAGGUGUGAGGAUGUGGCUGUUCCAGGAGGAAGCCGUGUCCAGCUCUCCAGCCUGCAUGUUUCCUGCCUACUCUGGAGGUGGUUCCAUGUCCUGGUUGAGAGCUUGGGCUCUGGAGAAAGGUCUCUUGGGUUCG